AUGCCUACAGGCCCGGAAGGCUUCACAAUCAAGAAGCCUGAGAAGCAAGAGCUUGAAAAAAAGGUGACGUGCAUUCUGGAGCCGCAUCUGGUGUCCCUGCAGGCGACCUUGACUGAUGAGCUGGAGGGAGCUAUGCAACGCCUCCUCAAGGCUCAGGGGCAUGCGAGAAGCUCCAACACAAGGAAAUGGAAGGCAGUUUCUGGCAGAGAUACGCUAGAAGUGCCAGCCAACUUUGUCAGAUCUACCUCAGCAGAUCAAGCUCCUGGACAGACUGGCCAAGAAGCCGAUCUUCCAAAGGAUGAAGAUCUGCCAAUGGCGCGACGUACUUGCAAAAGGCGCUGGACCACAGCUACGGGAACCAUAGGAGGAGCUCUCAGUACUGCUGCCGUUCUGCGGAUCGGAGUUGCAGGAUUGGCUCUGGAGGGCGACACACCUGUAGCAUCCACUGUUGCAAGUGCAGCGGCAAGUGAGGUGGCAAGCGAAUGUUCCGAAAUGUCAAGAAGGCCAUCACUGAAGGAUAACGAUUCGAAGUCAUCACGGAGCAAGCCGCGAAUUACAUUUGAAGGGAUGGAAGGGACAGCUGCUAAUUGUGAGAGUGACGGGGAGGAAAACGAGGAUGCUAAUCCGCGCAGUGACAAGGGCAGUGACACUUCAUCCGUCGCGUGGCGAGCUGAUGCAUUGGAUGUUGGGCAAAACUUGGCUGCAGAAGCUGCUGCGAAGAAGGGCACAACCUCCGUGGAGUCCAUCGUGGCUUUGGUGCAGGUUGACCGAGAGCGCUGGGAAGAGGAGAAGCAGGCGCUGGAAGCACGGAUAGAAGAGUUGAAGGCGCAGCAGCGCUCGUUGCAGGCCACCAAUCAGCCAGAUGAAGAAAAAGAGGCACUGAAGAAGGAGUACCAGGACUUGCGCAAGGCCAUGAAGGCUCGAAGUCGAUUUGGCGCCUGGGUGUGCGCAAGACACAUGAUGGAGAGCGAAGACGAGGAAACUGACGCAGAGAAAGAGGAACUUCGGCGCAAAAUGUCAGAACUUUCUGCAAAGCUGCGAGCGGCCAAAGCCGCUGCGGGCGCUGCCUCCAGUGAGUCCGAUGUAUCACCAAGCCGAAGGCGAGCUGGGUUAUUUGCCAAACAAGAGCUGCUCAAUCGCAGGAUUUUGACAAUCGAUUCCCGAGGUUUGCGUAAACAUCGCAAGGUGGAGCUCAGCAGCGUUGAACCACAGCGGGAAAAGAUGCUGCUGCUGGAAGGUGGUGCACACUUUUUUCAAUGCAGAGAAGAGAUUGUGCAGAUUGUGCAAAUUCUGCUCCAAUGGCCUCCUGAGACAAUUUGCCGCCUUGCCCCAUUGCCAGCACGUCUUGCCUGGAUAGGAGUGGUAUGGCAACCGGAUGCACAGAAGGAGAGGCUCAAAAGCAUUGUAAGCGCAGCAUCAGAGGCUGCUUUGGAUGAGCUGGAUGCAUCCUUGGAGAGGCUGAGGAAGGCCCGGUCCCCAUCGACCACCCAAUCAUCAGCGUCCAAAUUCAGAAGAUCGAACUCUGAAAAAGUGACGCCGACGAAUGAAUCUGGAAGAGGGCGAGACCAAUUCAUCGCUCUUUCAGGAAGAGAGGCUUUGAAGAGGAGCUGGACUACAUCCCUGUCCACCAAAGCAGAAGAGAUUGAGAAGCCUCAGAUUGAAAGUGAAGAGGAGGAGGAGGAGGAGGAAUUGCCGCAAGGCAGAAGACCCAGAGCCAGCAGCGACGCAUCUUCGGUGGGGAGAAAGAGCGACACAUCAUCUGUCAAUUGGCGUGCUGAUGCCUUGGAUGUGGGAGAGAACCUGGCUGCUGAAGCAGCUGCAAAGAAGGGCCAUACUUCCAUUGACUCGAUUGUCGCCUUAGUUGAGGCAGAGAGAGAGAGGUGGGAUGAAGAGAAGCAGGCUCUCGAGGCUAAGGUGGAGGAGUUUAAGGAGCAAUUGCGGUCAAUGCAGGCUCAGCACAGCCCCGAUGCUGAGAAACAGGCCUUGAAGGCUCAAUACCAAGAGUUGCGCAAGGCUAUGAAAGCGCGCAGCCGAUUCGGCGCUUGGGUUUGUGCAAGGCAUAUGAUGGAAAGUGACGAUGAGGAGCCAAAUGCAGAAAAAGAGGAGCUUCGCCACAAGAUUUCUGAGCUCUCAGCAAAGCUGCGUCGAGCCAAAGCAUCUUUGGGCGCUGCCUCAAGUGAAUCUGAUGUAUCACCAAGCAGGAGGUCGCCUGGAAUCAUGCGACACAGAUAUUCAUAG